UGUAUCCGUAAGGUUAAACAAGGAUCCGAGGUUAAACAACGCUCCUGCAUUGGCCUUAGUAAAACGAACGGAAAAUGUGCGUAAUUAGAAAGUGUCACAGUUGUUCAAAUAUGUCUCACUAAUGUAAAGGAAGGCAAUGUGGCGGCUGGAUUGAAUUGGGGCCAUAAUCUCGCUCAGCCUCUUUGGCAUUUUGAUUGAUGCUCUCGCCGUUCCAGCGGGCAGGCUCCGCGAAGUAAGGAAAAAAAGAAGGGAAGAAGGAAAAAAAAUAGACAAUCGACUUCAGUUAAGCCUUACUCACACACAUCCACUCACACCUAUUUGAGAACAACUGAUGUGAGACGUCGUCUUGAAGUUCAGAGAACUCGGGCUGCGAGAAGGAUCUGCGUGUUUUGCGGAGGGUCGGGGACACGAUGGAUCACAUCGGAGUUCAUCUCCACCACCCGCACGCAGAGCCCAUAAGUUUUGGGAUCGAUCAGAUUUUGAACAAUGUUGAUCAGGGGAGCUGUAUGAUUUCCAAUUCCCGGCUACAAGAUUCGGAUUAUGGUUUAGGCUGCGUUGUUAGCACUGCCUACAGCACGAUGACUGGUAACUACAACGCCAACAAUUCCGGAGGUUACGGCGGCAGCGCCUGCAGCGUUACGUCCCUGAACGGCUCUUACAACGUGAGCACCGGCAUGAAUGUCAACGGAAAUAAUCUGGGCACGGCUGGCGUGAUUCGUGUGCCUGCCCAUCGACCGCUGAGUGGAGUUCAAUCAAUACCCACCAGCAUGAGUACAGUGCCCGGCGUGGGCAGCAUGAACGCCAUCAACAAUCUCACGGGAUUAACCUUCCCUUGGAUGGAGAGCAACAGAAGAUAUACAAAAGACAGGUUUACAGUGGCGCUCUCACCCUUCAAUGUAACACGCCGUAUAGGUCACCCGUACCAGAACCGGACCCCGCCGAAGAAGAAAAAGCCUCGGACCUCCUUCACGCGACUGCAGAUCUGCGAGCUGGAGAAGCGCUUUCAUCGGCAGAAGUACCUGGCGUCAGCCGAGAGGGCGACCCUUGCAAAAGCACUUAAAAUGACUGAUGCUCAAGUCAAAACAUGGUUCCAGAACAGAAGGACAAAAUGGAGACGGCAAACAGCAGAGGAGCGCGAGGCCGAGAGACAGCAGGCCAAUCGGAUUCUUAUGCAGCUCCAGCAAGAAGCUUUUCAAAAAACACUGAACCAGCCGGUCACCCCGGACCCGAUCUGCCUGCACAACACUUCCCUAUUCGCUCUUCAGAAUCUUCAGCCUUGGACUGAAGACACCAGUAAAAUCAGCACGGUGUCUAACUGUGAAUAACGGAACUGAAAAACAAACGCUUAUUUGUGACUUUGUAGCGCAAAACAAAAGGAAAAAAAAAACAUGCGGGGGAGAAAAGGAUCAGACCAGCGAUUUCGUAUACAAGAUACACAGCGUAUCAAACUGUACCUUAAAAUAUGAUGUCAGAAACAUUAAAAGACUUUUAUCGGGCUAUUAUGCAAACUACCAGUCACCAGGAUAACGAAACUACCUGGUACAGCUAACAAUUAAUAUGAAUUUAUACAGCAUCUUCAUAUACCUGUAAUCGAAGUUACUCAAUCGUAAUGUGGAAGUGUGUUGUAGACAUCGCUUACUGACCGUUUCACGCACGCAUAUUUUCAUAUUUGCUAGUACUUAUAUUUAAAUGUGUAUAAUUUAGUAUUGUAACAAAAUAAAAGCACAUUUUAAAUAGGUCUAAUGUAUAAAAUAUGGUUUUAAUCCACGUUUGUAUCCAUUCUAAGUAGACUAUGCAUAGAUAUCAAUCUCUCUGUCCACGUCGAUUGCUUUUUGGUAAACCCUAUUGCUAAUAACCGGACCUAAAAAAGUUUUAAAAUGACAUAGGUCUGUAAAAGGACAUUGAUAUCUUUCUUUUUUAAGUUUUAUAAUGUAUUCAGUUUUUGAUCUAUGUAAAAGUGAAAUGUGAUCGAAAUUACGUAAACAAACAGUUUCUACUCAUUUUAAAUGAUAUUUUAUUCUUUCUAAACAUUUUUUUUCUUUGCCGGAAGAGCUCUUUUAUAAACGGAACUCUCCAUACAUACGUCAUUUGCCCAAAAUUAAUUUCAGCACUGUAUUCAGCAUUUAUAAAACAAACUGAAGUAAGCAUAUAGGUGCAUAUAUAUAUACAAUAGUGUGCAUAAACAUUAUUGUAAAACGCAGGAUAGACUUCCAUAGAUCCAGUUUGUAUGAUUUUUGUGCUGGACUCAUUUUAAACAUUCAAAGGGUGGCUUUUGCGACCCAGCUAUGACCCAGUCUUUUCCACAUAGACCUACACCAAUGGGGUGAAAAAUGGUGUUUAAACCCAAGGGAACCAGAGGCUCUGCAUUUUUUAACUUGGAUAACAUAGGCCUACUGUUGCAUUAUUAUUAUCAUCCACUUAAACUUCUGCCAUUAAGUGUCUCCACCCUAAAUAGCUUUUGGUAACAGCCUGUUUCAAGGAUGCUUAACAGGAUUAAUUGAGCAAAACAUGUUGUUGUGAGAACAGAAGCAAACACUGAAAAGAUUGCAAGGAAUCAGGACAUUGUUUGUUUUUUCCUUCCAGGCAAAACUGUUACUUUUCCCUGAAUUGACUGAUAAACAGUUCAGUAUAUAAGCUCUACCAGUCAUUGAUUUUGUUUUUAUUUAAAACAUGUAAAAAAAAAAAAUCAGAAAAAAACUUAAAAUCGAUCAAGGGAAACUGUUACAUUUUAUUAAUUGAUUGGACACUUUUGUCCAAAGUUGCUUAUUCAUUUACAUGUUAUCAAGGCACCGGCGAAUUUGUUGAGCCAAGUGGACAAGCAGCAUUAGGCUUUUGGCUGCCAGAUCAUACAUUUGAGUUAAAGGCAACAAUAGUUUUUAAACACUCAUUUACAAAUUCCUGCUUGAAAGUAAUUGGAAAUGCCAUGUGUGUUAUAAAAAAGUAAUAAUAUACAUGUUAAGGCCGUAAACCAAUGAACAUGACAAUGUUGUUUGAUAGACUACGAUUUAUCUAUUCUCUUUAUUAACUACGUCUAGGGUGGGAGACUGUUGUAAUGAAAACGUUUGGAGAUGUAAAGUUAAGAAUAUUGUGAAUUACCCACAUUGAAUUGUAUAACUGAGAGAUAUAUAUAAUAAGUCAAUUACACAUCCGUUUAGUUAUUAAAAUGUGCACAAAAAUCCAAAUUGCAUUCACAUAUUCGACUGUGAGUGCAUGUACUGUGAACCAUUUUCAUUAAGCGGCAAGGCACGCAUAUGUCUGUGCGUUUCUACAAGGUUAUUUAAUGUUUACGUGAUACAAAUAUGUAAUGUUUCCGGUAUCUAUCUCAGGCCACCCUGUCCAGUAUCUAUUCUCUUUUAGUUUACACAUCCAGCAUAGUCUGAAAACAUCUCUUGUUUAAAAUUGAACGUUAUAGUCUUCCGACAGCAUCAUAUAAGUUGAAAACUGACAUAAUUUCAUAUCUCAUAAUAAUUUCAUUUUAAAGACUGAAGAGCAGUAACUGUAGGCCUAUGUUAUGCACAAGGGCUCACGCUGUUUAUUGAAGGAAAAUAUGAUGUUAGGAAAUAUGUGAAACCUUAAAGAGAACCUGCUAUAAAAUCAGCUGUUUUG